UGUCCUCAACUAGCAACAUGAAGCUGGGCGGCUUCUUCCUCCUGGCCAGUCUCCUCACCCUCAACACAAGGCUCCAGGCAAUUGGUAUCUGUGUGGAGGAGUGCAGAGAAGACUGGGACUGUGCGGCAGGAGAGAAGUGCGUCAGCAACGGCUGUGGCCACGUGCGCUCACCAGCCCCGCGAGGAAGCGUCUGUGAGUCCCAGUGCUUCAGAGAUCAGGACUGUGGAGCCGGAAGAUGGUGCGUCAGCGAAGGCUGUAACCGGGUCUGCUCCCCCGCACCACAAGCAUCAAUAGGUAUCUGCGUGGAGGAGUGCAGAGAAGACUGGGACUGUGCGGCAGGAGAGAAGUGCGUCAGCAACGGCUGUGGCCACGUGUGCUCACCAGCCCCGCGAGCAGGCGUCUGUGAGUCCCAGUGCUUCAGAGAUCAGGACUGUGGAGCUGGAAGACGGUGCGUCAGCCAAGGCUGUAACCGGGUCUGCUCCCCCCCACCACAAGCAUCAGUAGGGGUAGGUAUCUGCUUGGACCAAUGCCGAGGACACCGGGACUGCCCGGCAGGAAGCCAAUGUGUCAGCAAUGAAUGUGGCCGUGUCUGCUCACCCACCCAGGACCAGCGAGCAGAACAGAGACCUGGAACGUGUCCAAGGGUGCCAGAAGGAAUGGUUGGAACUUGUGCUGAAAGCUGCACAGGAGAUGGAUCCUGUCCCCCGGGCCAAAAAUGCUGCAGCAUUGGCUGUGGAAAAUCUUGCCAAGUCCCUGAUCUGGGCUUCACUAUCCAUUUGGAUGAUAAAUGAACCUUGGCCUCCUUCAGUAAUUGUUUCCAAAUGUCAUCUUUACUCUGAGAUCUGUGCUUUCUUACUGUCUUUUCCGGAACCCCAGGAUCACAGGAUGUGGAUCCAAAAUAGCUAAGUUUAAGGGUUGAAUUCUGGCAAUUGUUUGAUGAUUCAUGGCGUGACUACUUCAAAAAUCAUGUUUUUUUCUGAAUAAAAUGA